AUGGCCGCUCAGUCUCUUGAUUUAUUACCGGAUGGCACCUCGUCAUCGCCUAGAGGGCGGGUGGUGACGCUCGAGGAGUUCAUCAUCGAUAUAUUCACCCAAAUUGACCAAGAUGGGGUCGAGCGCCCGGUUGACAGGCCUGAUGAGCAGAUAGGCGGAGGUGGAUCAUAUGCAAUUAUUGGCGCACGGCUGUUCCUGCCUUCAUCGCGACUCGGGAUGAUGGUCGACUACACACCCUCAACUCUGCCGCAAGAGGCCCGAGAGCAGCUACAAGUCUAUGGAAAGAGUAUGUGGGUCUUCCGAGAGCGACAUGAUGGGCAUCCCACGUCGCGCUCAGUCAACCGAUACAGCAAGGAUCUGAGAGUCUUCGAAUACCUCUCUCCGCCUCGCCUACUUACACCAGUCGAUAUUCUCGAAACUCACUGGCUGGACCAUCCGGACGACGCUGCAGGCGGAAUCUCGGCCAUCCAUAUGAUCUCGGGCACGGAACGGCUCGAGGGUUUCGAGAGGGAUAUGCAGCGGAUCAGAGAUCAGGUCGGGACGAAAUGGGACCCGAAGAUAGUCUGGGAGCCUCAUCAGUAUGAUGUCUUCCCCUCCUCGAUCCCCCUCUUCCGCCGCAUCACACCUCAAAUCGACAUACUGUCCCCAAACCACUCCGAAGUCAUCUCCCUCCUCUCCCUCCCCGACCUAAGCAGCUCCAGCCAAAACGAUCAGAAGCUCCAGCUAGAGUCGGCAUCCCAGACGCUUUUGUCUUGGAAGCCAAGGAUCGGCGUCGUGAUCCGCGCCGGAGCAAUGGGAGCAUGUUAUCUCGCAAAGGAGAAUGACGAGGUGAAGUGGAUCCCGGCGUACUGGUCUGAAGGUUGCGAGGAGCCUGAUUGGGUAGAUAAGGUGGUUGAUCCGACGGGAGCGGGAAAUGCUUUCUGUGGAGCAAUGGCAGCUGCUCUGAGCGAAGGCAUGGGGAUUGAAAUUGCUGUAAUGUGGGGUACGGUGGCGGCUAGCUUUGUGGUCCAGCAGCAUGGUCUACCUAGCUUGACGACAGUCAGCGGGAAAGAAGUCUGGGCGGGGGACGAGCCAGCGAGGCGCGUACGGGCAUUACAGGAUCGAGUAUCUGAGAUGUAG